AGAGCUGUGGGUACUCACACCUUUAAUCCACUCCUCCGCGCUCUCAUUGGUCCGCGCGCUGCUUAAAGUCUUCUGGGAUGGCCGCAGACCUUCAGAGCCUCACCUUCCCUCGGUGUGACAGAGACCAUGAAGUUGUCCAGUGUUGAGGUGAUGCAGCUGGAGCAGCCAGAGCCGUUUCCCCAGAGCCCACAGUCCGGGGAGUCCGAGCUCAGCUGCUCGAGCCCUGACGGCAAAGCCCCCCGAGUGAGGAGACCCCUGAACGCCUUCAUCAUCUGGACCAAGGAGGAACGCAGGAGGCUGGCCCAACUCAACCCUGAGCUGGAGAACACUGACCUCAGCAAGAUACUUGGUAAGACCUGGAAGGCCAUGUCCCUGGCUGAGAAGCGACCAUACAUGCAAGAGGCAGAGAGGCUGAGGGUCCAGCACACCAUUGAUCACCCCAACUACAAGUACCGUCCUCGCAGACGCAAGAGCAACAGACGCAGUACCAAAACCCCACCAAGUGACUCCAGCACCUCCCCUAACCUCCAACUCAACUACAUGCUCCACAACCAGGCCUUCUAUUACCCAUACACACCCUCAAACACCAUCUCUGACUCUUACCCACACCCGCACAGUCUGGCUUUCCCCAGUCAUCCCACAGCAGCUCCAAGUGGAGCAACGUUUCCCAACGGUGGACUAUCUUUCUCAGACGGAACAGCCUUCUUGAACUCCUCUUUGGCGUAUCCCCAGCAGGCCAUGUACUCAGCAGAGCCUCCACUGUACUACAGUUCCCAGCAUGCAGAGCAGCACAGAGCAGACCACUGGGACUGGCGAGGGACCGAAGUGUGUGGGUGUGCUCUGUGUUCAGGCGGCCCAUCGCUGGAGUUCUAUCUAGAGCAGGUUCGAGUGGACAUGCUGGACCAACUGGACCGAAGUGAAUUUGACCGUUACCUCAAUCCAGUACCACUUUAAGACCAACACUGACUAUAAAUCUUACAAAAUGAACUGAAUUUUAGAUGUACCCUGACUGGGAACCCUCAACCACUCAACCCAACCGAUUUUGCACAGUUCAAAGCACCAGAGUGGUGCAAGGCCUGUGUGCUGCUAAACAGUUUUCUAUUGCUGCCUAACAUUUUUUUACAUGUUAAUGUGAAUAUUUGUACAUAAAUAUUUGUAUUUAUUUAUAAAAAUGAAUCCAGAAUAAGCUGUAAAACAGGUCUGUCAAUGGAGAAUCUUUUGUACGGUUUAACAUUUAUAGGUCUUUGUUUAACUGAUGACAAUGGCAAGAUCUGUGCAGUUCGUUGUACAUUGAAAUCAUUGUAUUUAUGACUUGUUUGCUUGGAAAAAAGUCCACAUUAAGCUGCUAUAAAUAAAAAAUGUUUAAAUAUAA